GUCCCAUUCCUUUAACCCUCCGCCAGCCCUCGCAGGGGCAACAAGGGGGCGGGGUCGGGCAGCGAGCGUGAUAGGGCGGGCGAGCUAGCGCCCAGGUGAGUUCUUCCAGCGAGGCUGGGCCUGGGAGGACAGCACCUGAGCCCGCAGAAGAGGCACGAGAGGAGAUGCCGCUGUCUCCACCAUCGCAGGGCGACUCCAGGGAGGCCAGCCCGUCGAAGCCCCCCAAGAAACACCCCACAUUCCACCUCUGGCGCUCCAAGAAGAAGCAGUCUCCGUCGUCCAGCUGUGGGGUGUUUAUCCCACACCCGCCCGGGGCUCUCGGGGAGAUCAGAGCUUUCAUUGUACAUGAUGGAAACCCAGGGGAGCCCCAGGAGUUAACACUGCACGGUGGUGAACCACAGCUAUCUGACACCCCCAGUGAGGUGCCUGGCCCUUCAUCUACAGAGUCCGCAAUGCUUAAAAAGUCCAGAGCCCAACCGCCAGAAGACACCAGAAGGAAGCCGGUGUUGGGGAAACUCGGCACUCUUUUUACGGCUGGAAGGAGGAGGAACACCAGGAACGGAUUAGAGAGUCCCACCAACUCAAAUAGCAAAUCGGCCUCUGCUAAAGUCCCAGAAACAGAGAGUGAGAAAAGUAAGGCUCAGGGCAACCAACUAAAGCCAACCGACGCGGGCGAGGCUGGCGAAGCUGGCGAGGCGGGCUCCAGGCAGGAGGCUGAGGGCCAGUCCGCUGAGAGCAGUGUCCAGGCAACCCCCUGCGACGCCGGACCGUCACCUUGUUCCAGCAUCAAGGUAGGGGUUGUGCAGCAGUGCCUCUGCAAUGAUUCAGCCCAAUUAGAACCUCUGCAGGCAGAGGGAGAGACUUUCCCAGAUGCCACCACCGCUGCCAAGGAGCUGUUGCAUUCCUCACCAGGGAAUCGCUCCGGGCAGGAGAGCGCAGAGACGCCCGCCCGCAGUCCGGGGGAGGACGCGUUGCCUGGCGCUGGCCUCCAACGGGAGGCAGCGAGGGGUGUGUCAGGGUCGCCGCCCGAGGAGCACCUCGUGGGAGGAGUAGGAGAGGCCCCCGACGGAGCCCCCGGCGUGGGUUCCGAAGCGGGCUCUCUGGGGGACCCCGGGGACGCGGUUCCGCCUGGAGAGCCUCCCGCCCAGGGCGCAGAGACCAGCGGCACAGCCGGGCCGGCCGACCGCGCGCAUCCCACCAAAGUGCUAAAGUUGGACAUCUACUUGAGCAAGACUGAGGUGGCUCAGGUGGCCGAGCCCGCCUCGAUUGCUCCGGGGACAGACGAUUGCUGCGAGGAUUCGGACGACAUGGAAAAGAGGUCAAGCGGCCGCCGGUCCGGUCGGCGGAGGAAGUCGCAGAAAUCCACCGACUCCCCGGGCGCGGACGCCGUGGCGCCCGAGAGUGCGGCCAAGGACGACGCGGUGUUCGACGACGAGGUGGCGCCAGACGCCGCGGCUGAGAACUGCACGGCGGAAAGGAAAGUGAAAUCGGUUCAAGCGGUUCCCGACGGAGGCUCAGCCUCGGUCGCCAGCCCGGAGCCGAAGCCCAGCGCCUGCCCCAGAGGGCAACCGCGAGCGGAGCCGGACCGCGCCAAGCCCCAGUCGCCCACCAAGCGGAAGGGUCGCAGCCGCGUCCCCGAGGCGGUGCCCAGCUCGCCCGGCAGCGGCUCGCGCGCACCCGCCAAGGAGUCCCCACCCAAGAGGGCGCCCGCCGCGGCGGACGGCGGGGAGGAGGCGGGCCGCGUCGUCCCGCGCGAGCUCACGGUCAAAAGCAGCUCGCUGCUGCCUGAGAUCAAGCCUGAGCACAAGAGGGGGCCGCUGCCCCACCACUUCGGGGAUAGCCGGGCCGACGCCGGUCGCAGUCGAGAGUCGAGCAGGGGAACAGGAGCGUCCGACGCCGACGGCCUGAAGCCCAGGAACCAGUUCGGCGUGGGCAGGUCGACUGUGACCACCAAAGUGACCCUCCCAGCCAGACCCAAACAUGUGGAGCUAAACUUGAAAACCCCGAAGAAUCCUGACGGUCUGGGAAAUGAGCACAAUCCGUUUAGUCAGCCAGUUCAUAAGGGUAACACAGCCAACAAAAUCUCCUUGUUUGAAAACAAGCGGGCUAGCAGUAGCCCCAGACACCCCGACGUCCGUAACACAAGGAACAAUCCUCCCUCCAAUAAGACGUUUGUCGGGAGGGCUAAGCUGAACUUAGCCAAAAAGGCCAAAGAAAUGGAGCAACCCGAAAAGAAAGCUAUGUCAACCAGCCUUCAGAAUGGACAGGUGACCAAGGGGCCAUCUGCAGAAGGCAAAAACACUGAUGUCCCUAUCGCCGGAGAAGAGAUUCUCCCAGCCACCCCUGCCAAGGAUCAGGUCCUCUGCCCUGAGCCUGAUCAAAGUGAUAAGCUAGAUGUGCAAACAGGCACUGCCUGCCCUCCCCAGCCAGCGCCCCCUGCUCUGGUUCCCGAGAAGGACCCUGAGCUCCCCAGAGAGGGCCACCCAGAGGCUGCUGACAGCCAGAGCCCCGUCCUUGUCCUUAACAACACAAAUGAUCCUGCACAGAACAUCACUGCCCUUCAUGAUGCCAGAGAGUCUCCCCCAAAGCCACAGGGUACAUUUUCUGACUCACAGCCGGCCUCUGAGUCAUCUAGGGAGUCUCCUCUCCCACCUUCUGCACCCAUGCCUGUGGACGCUCCCCAAGAUGGCUGUGUUCAAGUUCCCAUGUGCAAUGUUCCCUACACUGCUCUAGAAGUGUCAGAAAACCAUGAUGGAUGUGCUGUGCCGGUGUCUCCUCACGCUGAGAAAACACCAGUCACCAAACCUGGAGGGAGAGAAGCCAGCCCUCCUUCAACCCCAGAGCACUGCCCAGAAACGAUGGGGAAGGAGUGCCCCUCCAAAGUCCUCGUCCAGGUCCGGUCCUUUGUGCUUCCUGUGGAGAACCCUCAGGAUGUGAGCUCUCACGUCAUCGCAGAAAGCUCUGAAGUUAGAGAGGUGCAGCUGCCCAGCUGUCACAGUAAUGAGCCUGAAGUGGUUUCUGUCACCGCGUGUGGUCCCCAGCACGAGGACACACCGGACACAUCGCCCAAAGACACCCAUCACGCAGAAGAGCGUGUGUCACAGUCUCGCCCACACAUCGCACAGCCAGAACCCGAGAAGGAUCUGCCCAUCGAGGCUCAAAGUGAGAGCACUGGGACACCCCUGACAGUGGGGUUCAGCCCCUCCCACUCUCCCAGCAGCAGAAGUCACCCAGAAGGCCUUCAAAGGCCAGGUCCGAGUAUGACCAGCCCACUUACCCCCGCCGGUCUUUUGAACGUUUCUGCUAGUAGCGACGACAGUGUCUUGGAUUCUUCUUCUGAUAUGGAAAAAUUCACCGAAAUUAUUAAAAAGAUGGACAGUGCAGUCUGUGUGCCCCAGAAAAAAAAGAAGUCCAGGGUCCCCAACUCUCCGACCCCUCACUUCGCUAUGCCUCCCAUUCACGAGGACAGCUUGGAAAAGGUGUUUGAUCCCAAUGUGUUUACCAUUGGCUUGGGGAAGAAGAAGGAGAACCAGCCUGAGGUGUCACCAGCUUUGCAGUUGCUGCAGAACCAUGACCCCAUAUCCAAACUGAGAGCGAAGCGUGCGUCCACCGAGCAGAGCAUCGUCUUCAAGUCCCUGCACGCUAACGGUAAUGGGAAGGGUGAGCCUCAGACGACCUCAGAAGCAAACGACAAAGAGAACAGGGACAUCAACAGCGGCGGAGUGAAGAGGUCGCGGCUGGAGAAAAGCACACUUUUCUCAAGCAUGCUUUCUUCUCUGCCGCAGGACAAAGUCUUCUCUCCCUCCGUGACGUCCGUCCACACGAUGAGCACAUCGUUUAGCACUUCUCGGAACAGCUCUGUAUCUCAGUCAUCAGUGGUACAGCCCAGGAAGGAAGGUGACCUACCCUGUGGCUCAGACAAAGAACAGUCACAGCUUGCACCCCACGACUCCUUAAAGGUCUUCAAUUUCAACUCCUCAAGUACGUCUCAUCUGGGUUUGAGAAGCCCCGGCCACAUGGAAAAGUGCCCCCCAAAAGAAGAAAGCAAGGAAGGUGUGAGCUCUCGGGGCAGCCUACCCUUACCAGAAAACAGCCUUUCCGACUUAACCAAACUGAAGAACAGUGAUGCCGUGGAAAGUGUCCUCAAGUCAAACCUACCGAACGUUGGGAGCGUGGACACGGACUUCCUGGGCCUUUUCAAAGCAAGCCGGUAUGACCCAGGCCUUUCUUUUUCUGCAAUGUCAUUAUCAGACUCUAUGACUCUUAGAGGAAGUAUGCACAAUAAACUCAAUCCCCGGCCUGGCAAGGUCGUGAUAUUCAGUGAGCCCGACGUCUCUGAGGAGUGCAUCGAGGUGUUUGGGGACAUCCAGGACUGCAGUUCUUGGAGCCUUUCUCCAGUGGUACUAGUGAAAGUUGUCCGAGGAUGUUGGAUUUUGUAUGAGAAAGCCAACUUUGAAGGGCACUCCCUUGCCCUAGAGGAAGGUGAACUGGAACUGUCCAAUCUCUGGGGAACAGAGGACAUUUUGGAUGAAGAAGCAGAGUCUGAUAAACCCGUGGUGAUCGGUUCCAUCAGGCACGUGGUCCAGGAUUACAGAAUUAGUCAGAUUGACUUGUUUACUGAGCCGGAUGGGUUAGGACUCCUGAACUCCUACUUUGACGACACUGAGGAAAUGCAGGGCUUUGGCGUGAUGCAGAAGACGUGUUCCAUCAAAGUGCACUGGGGCACAUGGCUGAUCUACGAAGAGCCUGGAUUCCAAGGCAUCCCCUACAUCCUGGAACAGGGAGAAUACCCUGACCUAUCCUUCUGGGAUACGGAAGAAGCCUACAUCGGAUCCAUGCGGCCUCUGAAAAUGGGUGGCCGUAAAGUUGAAUUCCCUACAGAUCCCAAGGUAGUUAUUUAUGAAAAGCCUUCCUUCCAAGGAAGGUGUAUGGAGCUAGAAACGGAAAUGUGUGGUUUGGUCACGGAAGGAGGCGAGACAGAAGAAACAACCGGGAAGGAAACAAACGGAAAUGUGCCCUUUACGUCGGUGGGGUCUAUGAAGGUUCUAAGAGGCGUCUGGGUUGCGUACGAGAAGUGUGGCUUCACCGGCCAUCAGUACCUGCUGGAAGAGGGAGAGUACAGGGACUGGAAUGCCUGGGGCGGCUACAGUGCAGAACUCCAGUCCUUACGGCCCAUACUAAGUGAUUUCUCAAAUGCUCACAUGAUCAUGUACAGUGAGAAGAACUUCGGCUCCAAAGGCUCCAGUAUCGAUGUCUUAGGAAUCGUUGCCAAUUUAAAGGAGACGGGCUAUGGCGUGAAGACGCAGUCAAUCAAUGUUCUGAGUGGCGUGUGGGUAGCCUACGAAAACCCUGACUUCACGGGAGAGCAGUAUGUCCUGGAUAAAGGUUUCUACACCAGUUUUGAGGAUUGGGGAGGCAAAAAUUGUAAGAUUUCUUCCGUUCAACCCAUAUGCCUGGAUUCUUUCACUGGUCCGAGGAGACGAAAUCAGAUUUGCCUGUUUUCAGAACCACAGUUCCAAGGUCAAAGUCAAAGCUUUGAAGAGACAGCAGGUCAAAUCGGUGAUUCGUUUCAGACCAAGUCUUGCAGAGUUCUGGGAGGCAGCUGGGUUGCCUAUGACGGAGAAAAUUUCUCUGGCAAUCAGUACGUGCUGGAAGAAGGCCACUAUCCUUGUCUCUCGGCAAUGGGAUGCCUGCCUGGAGCAACCCUGAAGUCUCUUCGCUUUAUAGAUUUUGAAUUUUCUGAACCGACAAUUAUUCUUUUCGAAAGAGAAAACUUCAAAGGAAAAAAGAUAGAACUGAACGCCGAAACAGUCAAUCUCCGAUCCCUGGGGUUCAACCCGCAGAUUCGCUCCGUUCGGGUCGUCGGUGGCAUAUGGGUCACCUAUGAGUACGGCAAUUACAGAGGCCGGCAGUUCCUGCUCUCUCCUGCAGAAGUGCCAAAUUGGUACGAGUUCAGUGCCUGUCGCCAAAUAGGCUCCCUCCGGCCCUUUGCUCAGAAACGAAUUUACUUCAGACUUCGAAACAAAGCAACGGGACUGUUUAUGUCAACCAACGGGAACUUAGAGGACCUGAAGCUUCUCCGAGUUCAGGUCAUGGAAGAUGUCGGUGCCGAUGAUCAGAUCUGGAUCUAUCAGGAUGGGUGCAUCAAGUGCAGGAUAGCAGAGGACUGUUGCCUGACCAUCGUGGGCAGCCUCGUCACGUCUGGCUCCAAACUAGGACUGGCCCUCGAUCAAAAUGUCGACAGUCAGUUCUGGUGCAUGAAGUCCGAUGGCAGGAUCUACAGCAAGCUGAAACCAAAUCUAGUGUUGGAUGUGAAAGGGGGUGCACAAUACGAUCAAAAUCAUAUCAUCCUCAACACAGUGAACACAGAGAAGUUGACGCAAGUGUGGGAAGCCAUGGUCCUGUGAACCUGAACCAAGACUGCAGGAGGAGUAUUUCCAGGGGAUUUUCUGGCCACCUUAUUGAAGAAAAAUAAAAUUACAGAGCUGCUGGAAGAGCCGAGUGGAAAGUGGACCGAAGGCCAUGGCAGACAGAAUUAUCUUUUCAAAGACACUUGAGUUUGAAGCCAAUAGUUUGUUCUUGCUUUUUGCCUUGUAUUUUCUCAGUAGCUCCUUCAAUGGGCUGCCCCAGUAGCAGCUUUAGGGUGUAGGUGUUUUAAGACCGGGACAAGACCCCUGAUUGUGGACACACGGAUUCCCUUAGAGGGAAGAAUAAAAGUCCAAGUCGGUUGUCAAAAGACUUUAGCAUUGGAGGAUACGUCGCCAGUCUUCUGAUUCCUGGCCUUAACACUUCCUAGGACUGUCCAUGCUGGACGGCAGAGUGGUCAAGUCCUACGUACUUAUCCCAAGGAGCUUAAUAAGUAUAAACAAAACACUAUUUUCAGUUAAUAUUCAAAUGAAUAAAUUACAAAAUUCCAUGUCGAUGUUAUCAUGAGUCUGCUCAUGAGCGAACUCAGGUUACUUUAAUUCACUAUGGACUGCCCUCAAGAGUCGACAGAUAGUUUAAUGGCUUUCUUACAGUUGCUGUUGGGACAGUAUUAUGGCCUAAUUUAUUAACCCCCUUACUCUGCUAUCCACACCUAAUGCUGAAGCCAUACUCUCUACUUUUGGCUAGACACAAACCUUUCAGCCUGGCUUCUCUAGGGCCCCCGCAGGAUGACUUCUUCAGAUCUGAGGACACCAGUACCUCCCUUCUGACAACAGAGGUGUGCAGAGGGAGGGAGGGAGGGAUCCCAAGGGCUCUGUGCAGUGUGGGUGCAGAGGGCCCCAGACCGCAGGGGGCACUUCAGGAGCAACUGCUGCGAUUCACUGGCCCAGACCUGCUGUUCAAACAGCACGUUGUCCUUUGAAGUCAACCUGCCAGACAUUUCCUGGGACACAUCUUCCUCCUCACAAUACUGGUGCUCCUGUGAGAGGUUCCCCUGUUCAAGCCUGCGUCCUCUGUGGAGCCAGCGACAGGCAAGAUCGGCAGCGCAAACAGUGUGCACGAGUGGGCACCCGGCUUGUCUGUCCUGUUCUGUGUACCUCACUGGUCCUUCUGUGGAUGUCAUCUGUGUACUCCCUGUGGUCCUUUUGUGUGUGUCCCUACAGCACAGUGGGCUAAGACAUCAUGUAAACGCCUGUUUGAGUUUCUCUCUUGAAUAAACCUAUUCCUGGUUAACUACA